CAGCAUUUACAACUUAAACCCCCAAAAAAGUAGUUGUUUAAAUUAGUCAAAAACACACUCUCUAGAAUCUUCUUCGAUCACUUCAAAGCAAGAUUAACUAGUAAACUACAGACCUAAUUCAUAAUCAGUUGACUGAUAGAAAGAAGAUUUUGAGGUCAGUUUGGAUAUGGAGGAAGUGCAACAGCAGCAGCCGAAUGGAUCAGUAGGUCAAGAUGGUGAAACUGAAAUCGCGCCUAAUGGUUCAUCUGAGACUCAUGGAGAGCCUCCUCAAAAUGGUCAAGAUGCUGAGGAGGAAAUUGUGAUGGAAGGAUCUUCAUUUGUGCAAGGAGGACCUCCUCAAGAUGAUAACGGACCUCCUAAAGUUGAUACCAAAGUGGACGUUAUCCAUGAAAAAGUUACAAAGCAAGUCAUUAAGGAAGGUCAUGGUGAAAAGCCAUCAAAAUAUUCAACUUGCUUUUUGCACUACAGAGCAUGGACUGAAAGUACCCAGCACAAGUUUGAAGACACUUGGCAGGAGCUACAACUAACUGAAUUAGUCUUAGGGAAAGAGAAAAAAGAGAUGACAGGAUUGGCAAUUGGGGUGUCCUCCAUGAAAGCUGGUGAGCGCGCUCUCUUACAUGUGGGUUGGGAAUUAGGGUAUGGUGAAGAAGGAAGCUUUUCAUUUCCAAAUGUGCCACCUAAGGCAGAUAUCAUCUAUGAAGUCGAGUUAGUCGGUUUUGAUGAAACCAAAGAAGGGAAAGCGCGUAGUGACAUGACAGUAGAAGAGAGAAUCAGUGCAGCAGAUAGAAGAAGGAUGGAUGGAAAUAAUUUGUUUAAAGAAGACAAAUUAGAGGAGGCUAUGCAACAAUAUGAAAUGGCCAUUGCAUACAUGGGUGACGAUUUCAUGUUCCAGUUAUUUGGAAAGUAUCAGGACAUGGCUGUGGCGGUCAAAAACCCGUGUCACCUUAACAUGGCAGCUUGUUUGAUAAAGCUUAAACGCUAUGAAGAAGCCAUUGCUCAAUGCUCUAUCGUACUCGCAGAGGAUCAAAAUAAUGUGAAAGCACUAUUCAGACGAGGGAAAGCUAGAUCUGAACUCGGGCAGACAGAUGCUGCCCGAGAAGACUUCACGAAAGCCCGUAAACAUGCCCCAGAAGACAAAGCAAUCUCAAAGGAACUGCGUGCACUAGCCGAACAAGACAAGAUCGUUUAUCAAAAACAAAAGGAGCUGUACAAAGGAUUGUUCGGGCCAAGACCCGAACCCAAAAAACCCAAGACGGUUACUAGCUGGUUUCUUGUAGUUUGGCAGUGGCUGAUCUCACUAUUCUAUGGUCUUUUCAGGCGUGAAAGGAUCAAAACCGAAUGAUCAAUGUUAUAUAUGUUAUAUUAUGGAUAUUAAAUGUUGACUUUCAUGACAUUCCUAUCUUUGUGUAACGUUGACUUUUUAUGUGACAAUUUUACCGAGUAAGCUAGUUUAUUUAUUGGGAAAAGUGAAUA